AUGUUCGCUGUAUUGGUCUUUCUAACAAUGCUCGAAUUGAUAGAAAUGGCUAAAAACACCAUCAGAGAAGAGGGUAUCACUCCCAUACCCUUAGAUAGGAUAAACCCACUUACUAAAGAAUUUCGACGUAUGGACAGUGAUGGAGACGAACGAGUUUCAUUUACCGAAUUUCUUCUUGCCGAUACUCGCUAUAUAGAAAAACAAUCAACCAAAUUUCACAAACUGGAUGAAAAUGGAGACGGUCUCGUGUCGCUUCCAGAAUAUGAAGCAUUCUAUAAGCGUGUGGACGAUAACCGCCGUAGAAAAGCAAAGGAUCGUGAACGGUUCUUCGAUAGCGUUGAACUUGAGCGUCUUGAGCGUACACCGUUCUUCCGCGAAUAUCACGUCUACAGAGACAGACCGGACAGAAGCGGUGAAAGAACUCAUCAGCGAACGCGCCCUAAUCAUAGUACCCGUUCACGUUCACAUUAG